AGUAUCUGUAGUUGAAUUUCAUUGUAUUUGUUGUGCAUGCAAGUAAAUAUAAUAUCUUAAUCAAAUGCAAAUGGUUGGCUCUAGCUACGAUGUGCUACGCAAGCAGGCGCGCACCCUGGAAAAUGAAAUUGACCUCAAACUUGUGGCAUUCAGCAAAAUCGGAGCUGGCAGCAGCAUAAGCAGCAGCAAUAGCAGCGCUGCUGACACAUCACCUCUGCUCGGCGAACAUGUAUUCGAUUCACUGUCUGCUGAAAUAGAGCAAAUGCUCGACAAAUUAUCAACACUGAAUGAAUCGAUGUCGGAGCUGCCCGCAACUGGAAGCGCUGCAAUGCACACUCUGCAGCGGCACAGGGAAAUACUCCAGGGCUAUAGACAGGAGUUCAACAAGAUCUGUGCCAAUCACACGAUGCGCAUCGAGCGAGAGGAACUCUUGCGUGGCUCAGGGCUGGCCACUAGCGGUAGUCCGUCGAUCUCCGGCCUGAGUCGUCGGGAGAUGUAUAUGAAGGAGAGCGGGCACUUGAGUAGCGCCAGCAACAUGGUCAAUGAUCAGAUUAACAUCGCCAUCGAGACGCGCGAUAACCUGCAUGCACAGCGACAGGCAUUCAAGCGACUGCAGACUCGCCUCAACGACAUUUCCAAUCGUUUUCCCCUAAUAUCAAGUUUGAUACAGCGCAUCAAUAUCAAAAAGCGACGAGAUUCGCUUAUCUUAGGGGCUGUAAUUGGCUUCUGUGUCAUUUUGCUGCUAAUUUAUGCCUUUAAUUAAGGCGAAGCUUUUGACACAUUUCUGACAAUUAUUUCUGUAUGUUUUCUCCAUUUGGUAUAUGUAUGUGUAUAAUCAACUUGUGAUAGCAAUAAAAUGUAAUAUUUAGGUA